AUGUUUGAUAUCAAGCAAUUCUAACCUAAUCCUAACGUAAUUUAAUUCAAAACAAUACUUGCAGGCUUGCACAUAAAUUAAUGUGAAUCUCGUAAAAAGUUUUAUUGAGAAAAACAACAAUAAGGCAAUUUACAGUAUAAUAUCGCACAAAAUUAUUUUUAAUCAUAUGAUUGGUGAUGGAAGUGGAAGAACAAAAUGCAAGUACCAGCACAAAACACGAUGGACCUGAAACAAUAGAGCAAAAAAUAAUUGCUCUUGCACGAGAGAGACCUAAGGGUAUCUCAGACAAAGACUUGGCUAUCGAGUUACCUGAUUUACAACCAGUUCAACGAGCUCAGAUUAUAAAUAAGCUUCUAUCUCAAGGAUACUUUGAUCUUUUCAAACAAGCGGGUUUAUUGUUUUAUCGCUUGAAAGACCCAACAAAACUUGCUAAAUGUGCUGAUAAUGAAGAAAAAAUCGUAUAUAGGAUUAUUGAAGAAGCAGAAAAUAAGGGAAUAUGGACUCGAGAUAUAAGAUUUAAAUCUAAUUUAAUGCACACUCAAUUACAAAAAAUUUUGAAAAGCUUAGAAACUAAAAAGUUCAUAAAAGUUGUUAAACCUGUCGCAGCGAGCAAGAAAAAAGUGUAUAUGCUAUACAACUUGGAACCAGAUGAGUCUGUAACAGGUGGUGCCUGGUAUCAAGAUCAAGACUUUGAAACAGAAUUUGUUGACGUGUUGAAUCAGCAAUGCUAUAGAUUUUUGGAGCAGAAGAGAGAAAAGAUGAAAAGUUGUAAUGCUGGACCUAUUGCAGCAAGAAACAUGACAUUUGCUUCUUCUAAAGAAGUGUGGAAAUUUAUUUCAGAUUUAGGAAUAAGCAAGGUGAAAUUAUCUGUAACUAACAUGGAGAUGAUUUUAAAUACUUUGGUUUAUGAUGGUAAGGUUGAACGAAUACUGGCAGCAGAUGGAAGUAAUUUAUAUAGAGCAAUUCAGCCUUUACUCAGCUCACCUGGAUUAAUUAAGACUCCUUGUGGCUUAUGUCCAGUGAGAAGACAAUGUCGUGACGAAGGUCCUGUUACACCUAUAAAGUGUCAAUAUAUUAGAGAAUGGCUAGAAUAGAUAUCAGAUAUAAUGUCUAACAUAGAUAAUAGAUAUUUCGAGUAAAGUACUCAAGUAUUAAUAAUAAUAUAUGUAUGCAUCUAAAUGUCUAAGUCCUUUCUUAAUAUACUUAUAAAUUCUCUUAUGUAUGUUUCUUUAUUAUUCGUUGUUUGGAUAUUAAAUCAGAGAUAUAUAAAUCAAUUUGUAAUAAUCUGUGUAUUAUAAUUAAGAAGAUAUUUAAGUUUUACUAUAAAUAUUUUCUAUGUAUACAAUAUAUACAGGGUGUUAAUAAAUCAUCGCAUUGGCGGUAUACCGUCGGAUAACGCGCGAAAAUCUAAGAAAAA